AUGUCCCGGCAUCUCUUCUACUCUGCGGUGCUGCUCCUCCUCGUCGUGAUGUGCUGUGGCACUGCAGCCGUUAACGCGGAGGAGUUAUCCGAACCAAAUUUUGAAUGGAAAGGCAUCACUGAUGGUGUGACUGUGGAAUCGUUGGGCGUUCCCGGCCUUCUAAAAGUGGGGAAUGACGUAUUUACCGUUGCCGGGGCGCAGUGCAAGAAUGGUGAGGGUGAAGGCAACACAUUUACCGGCAUUGCAUCCCAAAUUAUCACGAAAGAAGCUGCUAAAAAGCUGGAGGGAGUUCUGAAGGAAACCAAAGAUAAGACACAAUUUCUGGAGGAAGUCGCUUCCUCAAGCAGUAGGAAGAAAGUGGAUGUGAGCCGACCAACAGCAGUUGUGAAGGAACGUGAGAUUUACAUGCUUGUUGGGAAGUACAGCCGGAAUGCUGCCGCUGUUGGUCAGGAUGGUGGUGCAGAUGGCUGGGGCCUUUUGCUGGUGAAAGGGGAAGUCAGUGAUGCUGGGGAAAGCAAAAAGAUUGACUGGAAAGAUACUAAACGUCUCCAGUGGAAACCUUUAGGCGGAACUAACGACUCCUUGACAGAGCUGAUUGGCGGCGGUGGUUCGGGUGUUAAGUUAACUGACGAAACGCUUUUGUUCCCAGUGGAAGCUACGAAGAAUGACAAAAAAAAAAAAAUCUUUCUGCUGGUCAUAGACCCGAGGGACAUUCCGAAUUGGACGCUGUCUGAGAUGUCCGCUGAUGGCUGCAGUGAUCCCUCCGUCGUGGAGUGGAAGGACAAACUCAUCAUGAUGACUGCGUGUGAUGAUGGCCGCCGCAGGGUGUACGAGUCCGGUGACAAGGUGGAGUGGACGGAGGCACUCGGGACACUCUCGCGUGUGUGGGGCAACAAACACGAUGAAAACGUGAAGCUCGUUAGAGGCGGGUUCAUCACAGCGAAGAUUGAGGACAGGGACGUGAUACUCGUCACUACGCCGGUUUAUUCUAAUGAAAAAGGCAACAGAAAGGGCGUACUCCAUCUUUGGCUGACGGACAAUACGCACAUUGUUGAUAUUGGGCCGGUAUCCGGUGAUGAUGAGGACCCUGCCGCCAGCUCCCUGUUGUACAAAAGUGCUGAAGGUGAAGAUAGGAAGGAGGAGUUGAUUGCACUGUACGAGAAGAAGAAGGAUGGGGACGAAGCAUCACUCGGUAUGGUGUCUGUGCUCCUGACUGCGCAGCUGCAGCGUGUGAAGGAUGUGCUGACGACGUGGAAGAAAGUGGACGACCUUGUCUCCAAGCUGUGCCCUUCAAAAAGUGAUGUGGAGAGUAUCUUACCUGAAAAUGCCUGCAGGACUGCCACGCCGGCGGAUGGGCUGGUUGGUUUUUUAUCCGCCAACUUCUCUGAUAAGACAUGGAGGGACGAGUACCUCGGCGUGAACGCCACAAUAAAGGGGAAUGAUGGUGGGGCGGAGAUGACGGAUAACGGUGUGAAGUUCCGGGGAGCGUGGGCGGAGUGGCCCGUUGGCGCGCAGGGGGAGAAUCAGAUGUACCACUUUGCGAACUACAACUUCACUCUUGUGGCGACGGUGUCCGUCGACAAGGUGCCGGAGGA